CACAACACAAAUGCAUCAAAGCCCAAACUCUCUAGUCUCAUGGGUUUGAAUCAAACCUUGAAGUACUUCUGCACCCUUGUCUUUCUGGUCUUGCUCUUCUCCUUCUUCCCCUUCUCUGAUGCAAAUUCCACCUCACCCCACGAAAUCCAAGCCAGUACUCCUUCAAAUGUGCCCACAAGCUACCAACUGUUCUACAUCAAGAACACCCCACCAUUUUCCUUGAACGAAGAAAUCAAUGACAAGAAGAAGAAGAAGAGGAGGAGGAGGAAGAAGACAACCAAGAGCUUCAGAACAAGGCCUUUCUCAGCCAUGCUCCCCAAGGGUUUUGUCCCUCCUUCUGGCUCGUCUCCGUGCCACAACGAUUACCCCAACUCCAUCGCCUUCUACUGCGACCUCUCCUCCCAGAAACCCUAGACAACCAUGCCUACAACGCAGAUCAUGAAGAUGGAUUCUGACAUUGGUUUUUCAUUACCCCCCUCUGCGCUUUCUUUGAGUCAUUCUUGAUGAUUUUUCUUGCUAUCUUUCUUAUCUUCUUUGAAGCUACUGAUAAAAAAAGUGGCUCUGAAUUUGUAAACAAGGUACAGUUUUGUUGAUCUUUGUAAUAGUGUUUCAUUUUCCAAGAAAUUAAUA